CCCGGAUGCGGUUCUGUCUGGUCUGACUGAACGAAGCUAGAGAGCGCGAGUCCCAAGUGAGGCGGUGCUGCUGUCUGUGUGGAUGCAGGAAGGAUGCAGACAAUAAAGUGUGUGGUGGUGGGGGACGGGGCGGUGGGCAAGACCUGCCUGCUCAUCUCCUACACGACCAACGCCUUCCCCGAAGAGUACAUCCCCACCGUCUUCGACAACUACAGCGCGCAGAUGAGCGUGGACGGGCGCACGGUCAGCCUCAACCUGUGGGACACGGCGGGCCAGGAGGAGUACGACCGGCUGCGCACGCUCUCCUACCCGCAGACCAACGUCUUCAUCAUCUGCUUCAGCAUCGGGAGCCCCUCCUCGCACGCCAACGUGCGGCACAAGUGGCACCCCGAGGUGUCGCACCACUGCCCCAGCGUGCCCGUCCUGCUGGUGGGCACCAAGCGGGACCUGCGGUCCGACAGCGAGACGGUGAAGAAGCUGAAGGAGCAGGGCCUGGCCCCCACCACGCCGCAGCAGGGCAGCUCGCUGGCCAAGCAGAUCGGCGCCGUCAAGUACAUGGAGUGCUCGGCGCUGCUGCAGGAGAACGUGCGGGAGGUGUUCGCCGAGGCCGUGCGCGCCGUGCUCUACCCCGCCGCCAAGAAGAACCCCAAGAAGUGCGUGCUCUUAUAGUGCGGGGACGGGGGGAGGACAGGGAGCGCGCUCACCCGCGGGGACACGGACACCGGGCCGGAGGCGCCGUUCCCGCGGCUACCGGCGCCUCCGCGCUGCCGCCGCCAUAUACGCUUUCGUUUAGCUCUUCUCUCGCUCGCUUUUUUUCUGCCCCUUCGAACACCCCCCCCCCCCCCCGAUUGUCCUUCAUUUGUUUUCUUCUGGGGUUUUUUUUUCCAAACUGAAAGCCAAAGUAAAGAUGCCACAGCGGAGGGGCUUCUCCUUAUGCACCACCCUGCUAUGUUCAAGUCCUUUAUAUUGCCCCAUCCCCCCCCCCACCCACUUACAGCCUCCCUGCCCUGUCCUCCUUUCCUUCAGCCUUAUCUUUUAGGGUUGUUGCGUUGUAUAGCUGUGGACUGAACCAGGUGAAAGGGAGGUGGCAUUUAAGAAAUGCAAGAAAAUGGCCCUGCAUGCAAAAUGAGAUGAACAGCUUAUGAUUUGCCAAAAAAAUCUAAAUAACCCACCUGACAGAAAUCACUUCCUGUAUUUCCUGUGGAGCCUACCAGGUGUUAAGUGCCGAAUGGGAGUGAUGAUCUGUCGCUCCUCUCUCUCUCUCACCUUUGACCCCCCCCCACCCACCUCCUACCGCCAUCUUGCUCCGCGCCUCUCGUUUGGAGACGGGGAGACGGAAGGGACACAAGGGACCGGGUCUGUGGCCUUAGCUCAGCGACAGGGCUCCCCUUAAGACGUCUGCGUCCGAGAGCCCCUUCAGGGAGCGGCCUAAAGUCCCGCGCGCCUCCUUUGCGCUCCGGCCGCAGUAAGGCCGGGGUCACUGAGGAGCCGCUGGACCCCGAAAAAGUGUCCAAAGUUGUGAAUCGGCCCUCUGGUCACGUCGACUUCAAAAAAGCCUGACCGCCUCAAUGGGGGAGUCAGCCCAUCCCGUGGAGCGAAUCCUUUUCUCCUGUCACAACGACGCCUCGCUGACCAGAUCAUGGAACAGGACUUCCUGUGUGUCCCUCAGCCAAACGGGACAGUGCCAGGAUUACAUCAGCCUGACUCCACCCCCCCCCCCCUCCCCAUCACCACCGAGCCAGCCAAUAAGCCACAAGCUCCUCUUCACUUUUUUUUAACUGUCCCAGCAGAAGGCCGGGUUUGCUAUAACGUGUCCGGUAGCCGCAAAGCAAACAAGCGUCUGUACCGCCCUGGAUAAACGACUGACCCCGCCCUGAGGUGCUGCAGCCACGUGUUCCGCAGUUAAGCAACUUAACUUAUGUUAAGUGUCACGUCACAUGUCUUGACUUUUAAAAUUCCUUCAUGUCAAAGCUUCCCCCCACCCCCUUCCCCUUGUAUCCAAAGUGACCUAUAACAACAAAGAAUAGUAAUUAUGACUGGAAUGGGUGUCCCAGUGUGCUUCAGUUGAACUGCACCAAGGGGAAUCUUAAGAGUGCCUCAGCCAGAAUCUUUCCCUUUAAACCGCCAUGAUUGUGCUGCAGAUUUUUAUCUUUCGGGCCGAUGAACCACGGGCGAAAAUCCAUUCUGUUUUCCGUGGUCCUUGAGGUUCCCGGUUGAUGACUGUUCUUCGCACAUCAGGACUCUCUGUGCCUUCGCGCCCGCUUACCGUAUUGAUGUUUGUGUCGGAGGGACUCUGCCGUACAGUGAAUUUUAAACAUUAAGUGGCUCUGUUGAUUCCUGUUCACCUUCAGUGCCUGUUUUUAAUAGGUUCUCGGUUUACUUUCCUCACACACUAUGUAGCUCCAUAAAAUUUAUGGUCCUUUUUAACCCCCAUUCCGUUUCCCCCCCCCCCCCCCCGAGGAUCGGCGAAUGUUGAAGUGCGUGAGUCUGCUAAAUGGACCAUGACUGGCGAUUGGUCGCCAGGCGGUUGCUGCGUGAGAGCAGUUGGCUGGCAGGCAUCGCCUGCGUGAAAGUGAUUCGCUGUGUCAAAAAUGAUAGAGCUUUUGAGUCCUGUUGGCUGUAGUAUGGCGUUGAUACCUUUUGUGUAUGUGUGAGUGUGGGUGUGUGAGGUGGGGGAGGGGGUGUUUAUAUAUGGCGGACUUGCAUUGGUCUGGUUAUUAUCCAUAACUGCAGGGGGUGAACGGCCUUACAGCCACUCUGACUGCACCGUAAGCAGGAUUUGAGAGAGAGGUCCAGGAACCUCCUUGGCUGAGAACGGCCCCGGGCUCAGAAACCGCCCAGCUGAAAGACACCCAGCUGCAAAGGGCGGCUGCGCGUCCUCUCAGGUGUUGACACGAAGUCUUAACGACUACCCUCCCGCGGCCCGGCCGCCUGAGUCAGGACGCCGAGCGCCACCGCGAGCGCGACGCCGGCUUUGGGCGGCUCAGACGGAUUAGCGGGCGCGCGGAGCGGCACUCUGUUUACUCCCCGGAGCGCCUCUGCGUGUCACCCCCUCCGCCGCGCGGUCCGACGACGCCACGCCCUCUAGUGGUCAACUUUUACGGCAGACCGAGGCCAGAUACUUUCUACUUUUUUUUUCUUCUCGUGUUUUAUUUGUGUCUUGCCGGUUCGACUGUUUUAAUAUCGAAUGUAUGUAUCUACGAAUUUAAAAAGCCAAAAAAAAGGAAAGAAAGAAAAGCUAAUAAAAAAACGAACGGGAGAGUUGAUACGUUAAGAUAUGUCUUCCCUUCGAUCCGUAAGCCGUUCACACCUAAGCACCAGCCACGUUUGCGUCACACUCGCCAGGACGGACGCGUCUGUGAACCACUUCACGUGCAAGUACCGGAUCGAUGGCCGUCCGGUGCGACCUGCCGCGACUGCCUGAUUCGGAACGCGGCGCUCGGAUCGCCCCGGGAAGGUUUCGCUGUCCCGAUGCCAGGCUGCACGGAAGCCAGAGCCUCCCUGCCUCUGCUCCUGCCAGCCUGCUGAUUGGCCAGUUAGCGUUUGUUUUUGUUUUUUUAUACGGUCCCUAAUCGAUAUGCGUGCUGCACACCUGAAUCCCAUUAAGACUGUGUUCUUAUGACCUGUUAUUGCUUUUAGUCCGGUUCUUCUUUAAGCAGGCGCAUGUGAUCGAUGUGCUGUUAUUUACAGAUUCAAAUCAUGGCAGCGCUUGUACUAUUUUAUGUAUUUUCCUUUAGUUUAAGUGGUCACCACGUGAGUGUUUUAAAAUGUUCAGGUUGUCAGACGGUUGUUACUCCUUUGAGGGUGGCUUGUAUUAAACAAAAUGCAGGUUCCUGCUAUCAGGCAGUUCAGGGCAGCCCCUUACAGACAGUUGUAAUCAGCAGACCUGCGGCACCAUUUUAAGAGGUCUGCUUUCACCAGUGCCUGCCAUUUUGGAAGUGCCUUUAUGUCUUUUCAUAUUUUUUUUUCUGCUCGUUUUUAUUUUUAUUUUCAGACCUUAUUUGUCAAGGCACAGCCAAAGAGUAACCUGAGGUGCUCAUUUCUCCUUUAACUGGGCCUCACCUGCGCGUUACGUCCGUCGAUCUCUCCCAACGCCGCGUUUGCUGAUGCUUUCGCGGCGUUGGGCUUGAGCCGCGUGCUGACCGCAGCGCGACCGUGCCCGAUCUGCGGCGACCCCUCGGCGCCCGCCGCCCGACGACGGGGCGUUUGAGCACGCGAGCCUCGUCGGCGCCCCCUACCGUUUCCUCUGUCGCAACAUUCUUUUUUUCUGCCCGCAUUCGCCUUAAGACCAUAGGAGCUGCUCACAAGACUCUCCCGUUAUAACUGACAAAUAUUGACAACACAUAAACACGCUUUACUGAGAUUUAAAAUUGUCGGGGUUUUUUUUAUUUUUUAUUACCUUGCCCGUCACAUGGAUUGCAGAUGACUGACAGCUUGCCUUUACAGACCUGUUUAAGGUCGUGCACUCGCAUCUCGAAUUUGAAAGGUGGUUUGGUUUGCUUUUUUUUCAGUCAUGUUACAGAAACCAUAGCCACAGGCGGAAGUGCACAAGUGUGCUAAGUCAGCCUGUCGGUUAGGGGAAUGUUUCAAAGGCCACGGUUGUUGACUGAAUGAAGCCGCGUCCGCUUCCCGAAAACAAGGAAGCAGGAACUGAUCGAGUGUAAACUUGCGCCUAAUGGUAUUUUAUCAGCUGUUCCGGAUCUGUGCUUUUUAAUCUUCACAGGCAUUUGAGACGGUGCUGGGGAUGUAUCAUAAAUCACGUAAUGCAAAGGGACAGAGUGGGGGGAACAUUACGUGCAUUUCUGCUAGGGAGCCCGUAAGCAGGGCUUCUCUGUGUUUUUGGUACAUUUGGAUUAAGGGUGCUGAAAUAUGUGGACGUGCCUGCCCUGCCACAAAAUAGCAUAUUAUCUGCAUGUGCCGGUGUGCAAAGUCAACUCUGUUCCAAUGUUGGUUAACCAAGCUGGUGGUUUGUUUCUCUGUUUUUCCCUGAUGUCACUGUGGCAUGCUGUCAGAACUCAGCAGAGGACUGGGAGCCGCAGCCAGCAGUGCCCGUCUCGCAAUGGUGUGUGGUACUAAAUUUAUACACUGGGAACUUGAUUUGUAGGAAUUGUUUUGUCUUUUUUUUUUAUUUUUUAUAUAUAACAAACAUAUUUGUAUAAAAGAACUAACAGUGGAAAUGAUUUUUAAAUUAUGCUAAAUAAAAUUGUGACAAAUGAA